CAUGUUUAGGCUUAUGAGUCACAUGUAUUUCUAAGCUCAUUUGUUAUUUCAGAAUCGUUUAAUUCUUUACGAUCUUUAAUUAAUCUUUAUUCCAUUAUUUACGAAAUUCCAUAAAAAUAAAUAGAGAUAAUGGAAGUAUUAAAUGAACCUGUUCGACAAGAAUCAAUGAUAUUAUGUUGCAUCUGCGGUAUUGGUAUUGAACCAAAUUCAGCGAAUAUGUGUGUGGCAUGUUUACGAACUCAAGUAGAUGUCACUGAGAAUAUUCCAAAGCAAGCAACAAUUUAUUUUUGUAAAGGCUGCGAGAGGUAUUUACAGCCACCUGCGGAAUGGAUUCAUGCGGCAUUAGAAUCCAGAGAAUUAUUAACAUUAUGUUUAAAAAAACUAAAAGGUCUGAAUCGAGUGAAAUUAAUUGAUGCUGGAUUUGUGUGGACAGAACCACAUUCUAUGAGAUUGAAGGUAAAGCUAACAGUGCAAGCUGAAGUUAUGAGUGGGACAGUCUUGCAACAAGUAUUUAUAGUUGAAUAUACAGUAAAUCAUCAAAUGUGUAAUGAUUGUCAUCGAACAGAAGCUAAAAAUUAUUGGCGUGCAUUGGUACAAGUACGACAAAGAGCAACAAAUAAAAAAACGUUUUAUUAUCUAGAGCAAUUAAUUUUGAAGUACAAAGCACAUGAACAAACUUUGGGCAUAAAACCUAUUCAUGAGGGUCUAGAUUUCUUUUAUGCAAAUGAAGCGUCAGCGCGCAAAAUGGUUGAUUUUCUUUCAAGCGUUAUACCUUGUCGCUAUGACCAUUCUAAAAAACUGAUAUCGCAUGAUAUUCACAGCAAUAUCUACAAUUAUAAAGUUACAUACAGUGUGGAAAUAGUUCCAAUAUCAAGAGAUAGCAUAGUAUGUCUUCCAAGAAAACUAAGUCAUCAACUCGGAGGGAUAAAUUCAAUUUGUUUAGUAUAUAAAAUCACAAAUUUUGUACACUUAAUAGAUGUAUCAACUGGUCAAAUCGCAGAAUUAAGCGCUACACUUUACUGGAGACAUACUUUCAACAGCAUUUGUGACCCAAAGCAAUUAAUAGAAUACACAGUAAUGGAUAUUGAGGAAAUAAAAUUCAAGGAUAGAAAUUUUUUUCCUGGACAGGGAACUAUUUCAAAUAAGCAUGUAAUAGCAGAUGUAUGGGUAGUUAGAAGUUGCGAUUUGGGACUAACUGAGAACUUAAUUCAUGCACGUACUCACCUUGGCCAUAUAUUAAAACCUGGUGAUACUGUCCUAGGGUAUGCUCUUAAUGAGAGUAACAUUAACGAUGAGAAUUUCGAAAUGUUGAAUAAAGACGUAGUACCAGACGUAAUUUUAAUCAAAAAAAAUGAUACACGAGAUAGAGCAGCACGUCGCAAAAUGAGACCUUGGAAAUUAAAACAUAUGAUACAAGAUAACGACAAUAUGGCCACAGAUAAUAAUGACUAUUAUGAGUUUUUGGAAGAUCUUGAAGAAGAUCCAGAAAUGAGACAACACAUAAAUAUUUACAAAGAUUCUAAGAAAUUAAUUCCAGUUGAUACUGAUGAGUUAUCUGAUCUUAAUUGGCCACAAAUUACUCUUGAAGAAAUGCUUGACGAUCUCGCAUUUGAUGAUAUCGAAGUUUCUCAUGUUUUGUAACAGUGCUUUGUAUACUAUUAAUUUGUUUUAACUUAUCCUAACAGUGCUUCGCAUGUUUAAAAUGUACGCGCGCGCACGUGUGCGUGUGCGUAUUUUAUAAACAUUAAAAUGUUUAUGUAGUCAUGUUCUUCUCUAUGCUCCAUUCAGUCAGGCCAUCGAGUCAGUAGAGGCAGAGGCAGAGGUGGAGGUAAACAGCCGUGUAAGACGCCUACGAAUACAAACCUAAACCUAACUUUUAUCUUCUGCUUAUAGUAUGUAUACAUAUGUAUAAACGAUAGUUGGGCAAGAUUAAAGCCUCGUGUACAACUGCAUGUGGAAUAUUCUAAGAAACGUCUAUUAUAACUCAAUUGAAGAUCAAUAUCAUCAAUGUAUAUAUUGGGCUUUGGUUUUUGUUAAUUUUUUCAAUCGGACAGUCGCGAGGUAGCCGGCAACACUUGCAUAAAAUAACAAGCAAAUUAUUCAACAAGCAAUUAUUCAAUUGAUAUUAUUUUGUGAAAUAGAAUAAUUGUUAUUAUCGUGCGCAUGCGAUACCGACGGCCGGCCGGUUUAAGAAAAUAAUAAUGUUUAUUUUUAAUUGAGUUAUUACUUAUAAUAGAUAUUUCUUACAGCCUAGCAUAUACAGUUAUCCACUAGUAACAGACUCGUGCGUGUAUUAUUACGACGACGUCUAGGGCCGGUGUCGUUGGUGUUGUUGCGUAAAUAACUUUGAAAUUUGACAACAACGUCAAAAAAUGCCUUAAUCCUUUCAAGACGGUUGUAUCUUCUCUUGAAAAGAUAUUCGCCAAAGUAUGAUGACAGAUCCUCCUCUUUAUUUAAUAAAUUAAUAAUUAAAGAACAAUUUAAUAAAUUUAUAAAAUUAAUAGUAAUUCAAAUUUUUGUUCUCAGUUAUUUCUCUAAUUAUUAAAAAGAUGCGAACACCGGAAAAAAUUCAUCAAUGCUAUCAAAGUUUUGAGUUUAAUGCUUGUCUCAUCAAAAGUUACAUUGAAAACAAUUUUUUACCUUCAUUAAUUCUUGUCUAACAAUGCCGGAUACGUUAUUAAUAAAUUCUUUACAAAUC